GGAACCAUACACACUUUAGAUUACUUCUUAGUACUAGGGUCCAGAAUAAGGGCGAUAUAAUGCAGCAGGGCGCAACGCCAAAGGCGCCUAAGCGCAGUCGCAAGGAUUCGGAUUCUGAUGACUCUGAAUCUGACCUUCCGUUGAAUAAGGUUGUUGAAAGUGUCGGUGGCAAGAAACGUGAUCCCCUAGACCUUCGCGUAGUUGUAGAAAAUGAUGCAGUGGACUGUGAAGCAAAGGGAGUGGUAAGCUGGAAGGUAGCACAUGCGGGAGCAUCAGAGCAACCGGGUAGACACCUAUGUGUCAUAUGCGGUUUAUUUGCUCCCUACAAGUGUAUAGACUGUGCUUCAAAGAGAAUAUCGCAAAUGCAUACGUAUAUUUGUGGCCGCGGUUGCCUUGAUAUCCACAAAAACCACAACUGUGGGAGACCACUGAAUUUUACGCAUUGGUAAUGUAUAGUACUAGUUCUAUAAAUUCGGGUAGUUGAGAACA